AUGAGCAACGACAAGGACAACGACGACAACGACAACCACCAUACCUCUACCGACAGCAUGCCCUCCGGAUCCAUGAUCAAGAUCGACCCAGCCCGCGCCGCCGUCUUACAAUCGAAUCUGCAAUCUGUCCAGCAACGGAUCUCGGCCGUGUUAUCGUCACAAUCGCAAUCUCAACCACAAUCUACUUCUUCCUCUACUUCGGCUUCGACAUCUUCGACGUCUCAUCCUCCUCCUCGUCUAGUCGCCGUCUCGAAACUCAAACCAGCAAGCGAUAUCCUCGCCCUCCACAGCCCGCCGACCCACCACCUCCAUUUCGGCGAGAACUACGUGCAGGAACUGCUGGAGAAGGCGCGCCUCCUGCCCAAGACGAUUAAAUGGCACUUUAUCGGCGGCUUGCAGAGUAACAAGGCCACGCAGCUGGCGCGGGAAGUGGAGAGUCUUUGGGCCGUCGAGAGCGUGGACAGUCAAGAUCCAUCCUCAUCGUCAUCGUCAUCCUCAAAACCAGAACCAGAAUCAGAAUCAGAAUCAGAAUCCGUUCUCCAUCCAGACCCCCUCCGCGUCUUCAUCCAAGUCAACACUUCCGGCGAAGACUCCAAAUCCGGCGUCUCGCCCAUUAUUGACUCUUCUUCUUCAGAAACCCAACCCGACACCACCAGCGAAUUAAUAAAUCUAGCAACCCACAUCCGCUCCUCCUGCCCCAACCUCCAUCUCCAAGGACUAAUGACCAUCGGCGCCAUCGCGCGCUCGAAAGCCACCACCGCGGAAACCGAAAACGAGGAUUUCAUCUGUCUCCGCGACACGCGCGACCGGCUGGCCCGCGCGCUGGGCGUGGAGCCGGCAGAGCUGGAGUUGAGUAUGGGCAUGAGCGAGGAUUUCGAGGGCGCUAUCAGGCAGGGCAGUGCGGAGGUGAGGGUUGGCAGUACGAUUUUUGGGGAGAGGCCCGCGAAAAAGGAUGCGAAGGUCGUAUAG